UUAUGAAAGUGUUUUAUCAGACGACAGCUGAGGUAGCAGACAGUCGUCGGUCAGACCUGGCGCUGUGCUAACCGAAUGUACUAAGUCAGUGUUACGCGUACGGAUACAAGAAAAUAGGGUUAACAUAUUUUUGAAUGCAGUGUUCUGUGAAACGAAAUACGAGAUCCGAGUAAGACGACGUGCAUUUUCAAGUGAUUUGGUUACAUUUGUAUCCCCGACAGAGUCAAUAUCAAACCAGGACUUUUCUUUUAAAUGUCCCUAGAUCACCGCGUCCUAUGGAAUUCAUCGUGACGUAUUUUCAUUGGACUAAUUCAUUGUGAUUUCUGUGUCAGUAGUGACCGGGUUUUUUUUACCAACAUGGAGGCAGGGACUUAUUCUGAAGGGUCGGAUAAUGUGGUGGUGGUCGCAGCGAAGCACAUCGGGACUUUGGGAAAAACUGCGUUAAUACGAACAAUCUUAGGACUGAACGCUUCAGGGUCAAAUGGGGUGGCAAACGCGUCUCCGAUCUGCCAGGUGGACGCAGUUCCUUCAAUGCAAGAAUAUUACAAAGCGAUCAAUGUGUUAGGCAUCACGCUGUUUACAGUAGGCGGUGCGUCUGUCCUGUUCAUAUUGCUCCUAUAUGUAGACACCCUGCAUCACAUCAUGAAGAACGCGCCUCCUCUAGUCAAGACGCACUCCGCGUUUGUGCUGAGUGUUUACCCGGUGGUAGCCGUGGCCACGUACUGCGCAAUCGUCGUCCCUAGGGCGCAACUGCUGGCCGAGGCCGUCACUCAAGGCGUGUUCAUGGCCGCGUUGUAUCAGCUGUUCUGCUUGCUGGUUGCAUACUGCGGAGGGGAAGCCGAACUCAUUCGAAGGGUGAAACCCAAUUCUCUGAACCCCCGGGUUGCCCCUUGCUGUUGCUACCCCUGCUGCUGUCUGCCCUUCUUGACCGUAGACAAGAAACAUGUUCGGUACCUUCGAUUAUUGAUUCUGCAGUUGCCAAUUGUUCAGGGGUUGGUAUACAUGGUUCUGCUGGUCAUGUGGGCUGAGGAAGAGAGCCUGUAUGAGGUCAACUACAUGUAUCUGCAACCAGUUGUCAUCUUGUCGAUACUGUUUGGCGUUUGGGGCAUAAGUAUGACUAUCAAAACGCUGAGUGAGGUUCUCAAGGAUCACCAAUUGCAGGCCAAGUUCAUGGUACUCCAGAUGGUGCUGUUGCUCGCCAAAUUCCAGGCACUCACUGCUCGCAUAGUCGUAUGGGGCGGCCUCAUAGCAUGCGAGCCCCCCAUCACCCCUGCUGUGUAUGCAAAUUUGAUCUACAACUCGGCAAUGUUGGGCGAGAUGGUGAUUCUCGGUAUCAUUGCUCGCCUCCUUUACAAGAAAGAGUUGCCGGACAUUGGCCUCACAGAAGUUCCUCAGCCACAGGAAGUCUACGUCUUUACUGACAAAUAUUACAAUAUGAUACAAAAACUGCCGAAAGACAAAUCACUGAAAUAAUUGGACCAGUACUGCUGAGUCUGCGGAGUUAAUUCAGUAUCCUGACUGACUCAGUUACCACGAGA